CGCAAUCCGUUUCGGCGCGUCGUCAAUCGUAUAUUACCGAUAUACGACUGAAAAUUUUUGUUAUUAUCAUUAAUCAACAACGACAGAGAUGAUGAGCUCCUCGAUGACCGGUCCUAGUGGCAGUAGUGGUGGCGGCUUGCAGAAAUCGUCGGCCGGAGGUCCCAUGUCGACGUCGCCACAGUCAGCUGUUGACAAGUCGGCGACAGUGUCUUCGGGCUAUGGCACAUACAACAGACGUGGCACAGUGGAUCGUCGCCGUCGGACCGACUAUCGUGGAGAUCACCACGACGAUGACGACGACGGUGACGACGACGACGACCGACUGUCCGAGCUAUCCGACUCGGGACACUUUCUGGCCAAAGGUGCGUUCCUUAUCACCCCCAGUAACGAACUGAACCUGGAGAAGGCGACUGCCAUAUGCGAAAAGAUGAACUACAGAGGACCAUAUUCGGUGACCAAGACGGCCACGGGUAUACUGUUUAAGUUUGCCGAACAAGACGACUAUCACGUGACGUUUCGCAAAGGAUUUCACAAAGUGACUAACUCGAGAUUUUACAAGAAGAUUCCUAUACCAUGCAGACCACAAAAAACAUUUUCGGUUUUGGUUUAUGAGAUCCCCGAAGACAUUCCUGAUGAAGACAUUCGCCAUUCGUUGUAUAAAUUUCAAACUGUCGUCGAGGUCGUCCGACUUUAUCAUGCGGGGUACCGCCAUGCGCCCUUGACCGUGGCGGACGGCAAGAACUCGGCUACGUCGCAGACAGCUGUUGAACAGCAACAGCAACAGCUACUGCAGGCCGGACCGGCGUCGUCGCUGGCGGCGGCGGGCGGGUCCGCGUCUGCGAACACGCAACAACACCACCCCGCGCCGCCCGUGGUGCGCGUCACAUUGGCGUCCGUCGAGGAGUGCAACGUGCUGCUGCACAACGGCUUGGACUUUUACGGGGCCACUUUCUUCCCGGUGGAGGCCGCCUCGCCCGUUGUACCGAAAAAGAAAUCGUUGCCGCCAAACAGCCGUCUGAUGGAUUUGGUGACGACCAGUGGUCACCGUAUACGCGACCUGUUACCCGUCUUCGACUCUGCAGGAUUUACGAAAAUUCCGCCACCAACCAGCAAAGUGGUCAAACCGCACUAGUCGACGAUGGACGAUCUUCCUAGUCUGGUGGACUAUAUACGAUUCAAUGCAAAUAUUCAUAAACGAAUAUUAAUAUAUUUAUUUAUACAUAAUAUAUGAUUUUUAUUUUUAUUUAAAAUUUUAACAAAACAAAAAUACAAACUUCGCAUCGGUUUACUAUACUGCAAAACCAUUACAAUAUUAAAUCGCAUUUCUAAUAACACGCAACGUUUAGUACAUCUUGAUGCAUAAUAUUAUUAUAUUAUCGUAGUAUAACGGUUAGAUGGUUAUUAUAUAAACAUUUUUUUUUUCGUGUAUUAUUA